AUGUGUUAUCAAUUUACAACAAAAAUAUUUAUAAAGUACAUACAUUUUUAGUUUGGAAUUUCGACGACUUGGUUUCAAUUUUUUACUCCCUUUUUCUCGUCAUCUAUUUUUUUCCAUUUUACUUUGUUACUGUAGUAUAUAAUUGUAUAUAAAUCUCGUACGCUAUGGCUGCCGAAUAGGUAAAAUUAUAAAGUGAUUAGUUUUCUACUUGUAAAUUAUUCUAAUCACCACAACCUGCAACGUUCCAAUCGAGUACGAACCGAAUAAAUACCUAGUGGACGUCAAUCAGAAACUUUUCAAAUAUGGAUUCCAAUAACAAAAGAUCAAUUGAAAAUGAUGAAUAUGAUGAAAACGAUUCGAAAAAAUUUAAAGUUACGCAUGAGCCCUUCGUGUCAUGUGUGGAAUAUCCGACUGCCGUAAACCUAACAAGUCUUUGUGACGACGUGAUCAUGCAUAUAUUCAAGUUCCUGACACAUGACAAUCUUGCCAAUAUGUCAUUAGUAUGUCGUUCAUUAUCACGAAUCAGUAAAGACUGGACUCUUUGGAAAAAUGUGUGCUUUGCUAAAUAUGAAAAAUCUAUGGAGAAUGUAUAUAUGAACUAUUUAAAAGCAUGCACUACCAAUUUGGUUAUAAGAGGUAUGGAUAUUCCAAACUAUGAUGCUUCAGUUUCAGACAAGUUCAUAUCACAUCUAGAACUCAGAUGCCCCGAGUUGGUCAGUUUGAAUUUACACAAACAAAAAAUUGACAACAACGAGAUAAAUAUUAAAUACUUUCAUAGAGGUCUCAAAAUAUUAAAAAUUAAACAUACGACAGUAGAAAACAUUCCAGAGAGUACAUCAUUCUUAAAUGGUUUAAAUAAUUCUUGUCCAAAUUUAGAAAUAGUCAAAAUGCAAUACAACGAUUGGUUUAUGCCACCAUGCCUAUAUGCAUUAGCUAAAUUAGAAAAACUGAAGUACUUGAGUCUUAAAGGAUGUAAACAUUUUAAAGAUUGUAUUCCUUAUGCUAGCGUUACUACUAUUACAGGCUUUAAAUUUUUGGAAACAUUAGAUCUCCGUUUUACUCCGAUUAGUGAUCAUGAAUUGGUUUGCUUUCAAAGGUUAAAAGAACUAAAAAAUGUUUAUUUGGAAAGCCCACCUGACACUGAUCAUAAUAGUGAUGUGACAAUUAGUGAUUUAGGUUUAUCCAGAUUUUGCAAUGAUUUAUUUAGUUUUCAUAACCGAUAUAUUAGAAUAUUAAUUGGAGGAGGAGAAGUUAACGUACAUCGUGUUCACGACAGAAUCGAUCAAAUUGACAAAAGCAAACUGAAGAAACUAAUUGUACGUAAUUAUCCAAAAGUAACAGAUGCAUUUUUGAUAUCUGCUGCAAAAUCAUGUCCAUACAUAGAAGCUUUAGACAUUACUGGUACAUCUUGUUCACUUGAAGAAAUUGAAAGAUAUAAAGCUCAAAGACCUAAGGUCGAUAUAGUGUAUUAAAUAUUCAGAAAAGACUGAGAACUAUAUUUUGUAGUUGAAAUAUAGUAAAUAUAUUACUGUUUACACUAAAAAUUGGUGAAACUAAAGCAUUUAGUCUAAAGGAUAAGGUAUGUGAAAGAAUUGGACAUAAAUUAACUCCAAUGAUGAGCUAGUUUACCUUCCGGUAUAUUAUUUUAGAUGCACGUUUCAUUACAAAUGUUAACCAAUUUGAAUUUUUUAUGACCAGUGUUUUAAAGAGUUGGUUCCUAAUUUCAAUGUCUGUAUUUGUUCCUUCUUGAUUUACUUUCUGCAUAAUCAACUAAAUAUAUUUAAAACAAAUUUUAAUCCUUAUUGAUAUGAUUGUUAUUUUGACGUGUAUUACCUUUUAUUUUUUAUUAAUAUUUAAUUUUAUUAUUUGUUCAGAGUAUAUUAUUAGUGCUUUUGUAUUUAACUAUUUUGUUAAUAGAAAAAUAGUAUUUAGGUAACAUUUUUUUAAUGAGAGCAAAUUUUAUUUGUAAAGUAUCUACUACUACUACUACUUUUGAGCGUUACAAGCCAUAGUGGAAGCCCUUGGCUUCCAAAAUAAUUCUUCUCCACUCAUCCCAUUCUUUAGCAGCGUUUCUCCAGUUAUUUAUACCCAUCUGUUGUAUUUGUGUAGUAUCAAAAUAGCAUUAAACAACUAUUUUCCCAAUUGCUAAUAAAAACUGCGUAGUAAAAUAAUUUAUUUGUUAAAACAAUUAAACCGUUUGAUAUAAAUUAUCAAAACUAAAUCAUUGUGUCAAACUAGUCAAUAAAGCCAUAUACUGUUGAAUUUUUGUUUAAAAAUCCCAUUUUUACUACCAAUACCAGUAAUACAUAUAAUAAUGACCUUACUUUUUUUUUUCUUUUAAGAUAUUUAUUUUGUUCGAUUCAAUACAUUUAGAGCACUGGUUUUUCUGUAUUAUAUUAAUUUAAUAUAAUUCAUUAGGAAAUUUGAUUAAGAUGUGAUUAGUGUUAGCUAACCAGUUAAAAGAUAACUAUUGUUAAAUAUAAGACGUAUGUAAAUUAUUUAAACAAAUUGUAAUAUUUAUUAAUUGAAACACUUGUCAGUUUGUAAUUUUAUACUCACUUAAGUGAAACUGGUUAUAAUUUAUUUACAUUCUAUUGCAUUCUUUUGAAAGGGGGAAAGUAGAAAAAGAAGUUCCAAGUUGUUUUUGACUUGGUUUGUACAUAUACAAAAUAAAUGCAUUAUAAUAUGAUAAGAAAAGUGACAUGAUAAUAUUUUUUCCUAUCUAAAUUGUAUACUGUAGAUAAUAAUUGUCUUUUUAAACGUAUAUCUGCCUAAAUAAAUAAGUUUUAAUUAAUGUAACUAUCACAUUAUAAUUUGAUCUAUAUAUUAUUGUCACAAAAAUUUAAGUACCAUUUUAUUGAAUU